CCUAAACUUCUCUUCCUUAUUCCCGGCUAAACUCUGUCCGUCUCCGUCUCCGUCUCCGUCUCUGUUUCUGUCCAUCGUCUCCCUUUGUUUUUGUUUUUCUAAUAAUAAUCUUUUUUCCUUAACAACGUUGUCUGUUCCUCAUUUGUCCUCAAGAGAAAGAGAGAGGUUCUGGUAGCAUGAGGAAGAAACUCGACACUCGUUUCCCUGCCGCUCGGAUUAAGAAGAUUAUGCAAACCGAUGAGGAUGUCGGAAAGAUUGCCAUGGCUGUGCCCCUUCUUGUUUCUAAAGCUUUGGAACUCUUUUUGCAAGAUCUAUGUGACCGAACUUACGAGAUCACUCUGAAAAGGGGAGCCAAGACCUUGAAUUCAUUGCAUUUGAAACAGUGUGUACAGACUUUCAAUGUAUUUGAUUUUCUGAGGGAAAUUGUGAGCAAGGUUCCAGAUUUAGGUGGUCCUGAUGCUGCCUUUGAUGAACAUGGCAUUGGCAAAAGAAGGAAAGUUGCUGAUGAUGAAGACAAUGACAGUGACGAGGAGUGCAAUAGAAGCAGAACACAUGAGACUACCCAGACAAGUAGCAGUGGCAGAGGUAGGGGCAGAGGUAGGGGCCGUGGCCGGGGGACGAGAGCCAUGGAGAGGGAGAGAGCUGCACAGGAUGGGAAGUUGGAAGAUGAACCAGACAUUGUUCAUCAUAAUGACAAGCACAGUCCAAACCUUGGAAGGCUAGACAAGGAUUACGUGCCUGAAGAUUUGAAGGAUAAUAUUCCAGCUGGAAGAAAUUUACGAACACCAGUCCAUGACUUUGACCUGAAUUUGGACUUGGAUGAGAAUGGAGAAACAAAAACAGUGCUAGCUUCUGUCCCUGCAAGCUCCUCAACAAAACCUGACACUGUUGUCCCUGCAAGCUCCUCAACAAAACCUGACACUGUUGUCCCUGCAAGCUCCUCAACAAAACCAAUUCCUGAAUUGAAGCACGAGGAAGUACCUGGAUGGUCUCUAGCAGACAUUGAAGGGAUGGAUAUCGAUCCCAUUCAACUUGCGAACUUAAAUACAAGAAUAGACGAGGAAGAUUAUGAUGAAGAAGAAGACUGAAGUUAAUAGCAAGUGUUUUUGUUCUGCUGUAUAUGCUUUUUCACAUCCUAUAAGCAAUGGUAGACAACAGCUAGAAUUUAGAUUACACAGUAGCUUCCCUAGGCAUACAUAGAGAUCAGUUUGUUCAACCAUUCCCAUCUUUGAGAUGGAGCUCAUUAGUCAUUACUUCUAAACGUUUCUGCACUUUGGUCCGUAUAUAGUUUAUGGGGAUAUUUAUGUGGCCUUUUCCAGGCAAGGGAGUAGGGCCAUGGUCCAUGACAACCACAGCGGUCCUCGUGCCUAGGAAUUGAUUUGAAUUCCCAACUCUUUUGUGGAUAUUGAUUUGAAUUUUAAAUGUAAUUCAAUAAAUAAAAAGUAAUAAAGAACAAAUAA